AUGACUAUUUGUGGAUCUCUGUUAAUCGGAAGAGGCAUUAUAAAGCUUGUGUUUGGAGAAUUAUGGCCCAUGGAAAGCCAGCACAUGUAUGAUCGUAUGUUGAACUUUUUACUAUUCAAAGUGAUAUUUAUUGGGGCUGUCAUGGAUCCUGUAUGGAGACACAUCCUAAGACUCUCCAUGUGGAUUGGCGUACUGGGAUUUAUGCGGAUCUUUAGCUUGCUUAGCCGAGACCGACUUGAUAAUCUGACAACGGUGGCAUUUGUUUCGUUGCAAAAGUAUUAUAAAAUCACCGUCUUGUUGUCAACCAUUUUAUUUAGUAAUAUCAUCUGGUAUCUCGGAUCCUUGUAUUUCUUUCCAACCUCAUUGGCUUUCCUUACCCUGGAGUUUUUGCCGGUGGUGUUUGAUACGAUACAGGUAUUGAUCAAGUAUUCUACGCAUUUAAUGGAUUUAUGGCGAGAAAAUGGAUUUGAAAGCAAGCGAUGGAUUAACUACUAUACAGAGCUCAGUGCGGAUGUAUUGAUACUCGGAUGCACACUUUUACAAUACCUGCAGCUCAUGUGGAUGCAUGGUAUCUCUUUUGGACUGGUGGACAUUGUUUUGUUUUUAAAUGUACGCAGUGUGUUGAAGAAUCUGCAUAAUAAGGUGAUCAUCUAUCGUGAGCGAUGGAUCGCCAUGUCGUAUGUGAGAGAUCGAUACGUGGAUGCAUCUACGGAAGAACUCUCGAGGCAUAAUGAUGAUUGUGCUAUUUGUCGAGAGCGAAUGAAGACGGCCAAGAAGUUAGCCUGUGGCCACCUCUUUCAUCUACAUUGCUUACACUCUUGGAUCCAACAUCAUGUGUCACGACCUACAUGUCCAACCUGUAGGCGUUACUUGUCUCCAUCGCCAAAGGAAUUGUCCAUUUGCAAAUAA